CACGAAACAAGGACAAUGACGACUUGGUUUGCUUUACUUCUACUUUGUUCAGAUAACUGAUUUUGCCCAGAGAGAGGGAGGGAGAGAACGACGACGACAAAGACCCAUUUAUAUGUUGGGCUGCAUUUCAUCGCUGCUUCCGCAUCAAAGCUGAAGGUUCUCUUUAAUUUGAAAUUUCCCUUAUGGCUAAUGCCACUGAUGAUGUUGAUUCAUUAACUACUCUUGGGAGAAGCACCGUCUCUUAUUACGGUGUGGGGCAUAUGCUUAAUGACAUUACUGCUUCCUGUUGGUUUACAUAUCUCUUACUGUUCUUGACAGAUAUUGGACUUUCCCCAAGGGAUGCUGCUACUGUUAUGCUUUCUGGUCAAAUAGCUGAUGGAUUUGCAACCAUAUUUGCUGGCGAACUGAUAGAUCGGUUUGGACAUUUCAAAUUGUGGCAUGGUGCAGGCUCUGUUUUGGUUGCUAUAUCUUUUUCUUCCGUUUUUGGUGCUUGCAUACCUUGUAAAAUUUUUGGCACCUCUUCAUCAACAUUGCGAACUGUCGGUUACAGUAUAUUUGCAGCCAUCUUUAACGUUGGUUGGGCUGCUACUCAGGUUUCACACAUGUCUAUGUUGAAUUGCAUUACGCUGAAUUCAAAUAGCAGAGUGGUGCUAGCUAGCUGUCGAAAUGCUUUUACUAUGGUUGCCAACCUCAGCCUGUAUGCAGUUGCUUUUGUUGUCUUUGGUGUCACUCGGGCAAAUACACAUGCCGACAUUGAAAUUCAGUACCGCUGGAUUGCGUAUUUGUCAAUUUUCAUAGGAUGCUGCUUUGUGGGUAUAUUUCAUCUCGGCACAAAAGAGCCAAGAUUAAAAGUCAGCGCACAAGGAAACAGUAGUUCAAGGAUUUCAUGGACAUACUGGUUCAAGAAAGUUCUGUAUUAUCAGGUUGCUAUUGUUUAUGUGCUGACCAGGCUAGUGGUCAAUGUUUCACAGGCAUAUCUUGCAUUCUAUGUUAUAGAUGAUCUGCGAAUGGCGCAAUCAGCUAAAGCUCUGGUUCCUGCGAUUAUCUACAUAAGUAGCUUCCUCGUAUCUGUACUACUACAGGAGAUUUCAUGGAAUGGUCAUUCCUUGAAGACCUUCUUUUCUGCUGGAGCCAUUAUGUGGAUAUUUUGCGGAGCAGGGAUCCUAUUUUUACCUAGCAACAUGAGUGCUUUCAUGUUCCUCAUAUCAAUAUUUAUUGGCAUAGCGAAUGCUUUGAUGAUGGUUACUGGAGUAAGCAUGCAAAGCUUUUUAAUUGGUACAGAUCUCAAUGGAUGUGCAUUUGUAUGUGGAUCUUUAAGCUUCUUGGACAAAAUCUCAUGUGGGCUUGCCUUAUUUGUUCUUCAGUCCUAUCAAAGUAACAGAUUCAUACAGGAAAACCAUUCAAAUCAUGUCAACAUCUCAGUCACGAGAUUUGGAUUGGGUCUUGUUCCGGCGUUAUGUGCACUUGUCUCUGUGGUAGUCACAUACACCAUGAAACUCCAAACUGCUCGCUGUAAACCUUUGAUGGAGCCUCUAUUGGCAUAGUGUCCACUUGAAACCAAUGUUGACUCGAAGUUCUGUAUAUACUUGUUAGUUUUUAUUACAAGCACAUGCUUGAGAGAAAUUAACCGGGCAGACCUAAUUCUGCUUUAGGAGAAGCUGAAAAAAUUUCGGCAAUUCAUAAUGUCAACAAGGCCAUUUAAUUCUUUACUUAUUUGUCCUUUUAAUUCUUUUUAUUGAAGGGAUUGAUGGCAUGAUUGCACGCCGUUGUUCAUCUGUGUAUAAUAAUUUACUAAACAUUCAGCUGUUUGA